ACCACCGACCGCAGGCGAGCAGAAGCAGAGAGAGCGAGCGAGAGAGAGAGAGAGAGAUGGAAGCAGUGAAGGCAUGGGGAAGCCUAAGCUUGCAGUUGCAGCAGCCAUUGAAGCACCUCUUUCACUUCACCACCACCUCCUCCUUCCGCCGCUCUUUUUCUUCCCCUCAUAUCCUCCGCUGCUGCUCUUCUUCCUCCGCCGCCGCCACCACCACCACUCCCUCCGCCGUCUCUCGCAAUCGCCGCUCGUCCUCGUCUUCAUCUUCUACCUCUUCCAGUCCAGAGGCCGUCCGAGCUAUUCGCUUGCAGAAGGUGGAAGAGUUGAGGAGCAAGGGUCUAGAGCCAUAUGCUUAUAGAUGGGAUAGGACCCACUCUGCUAAUCAGCUGCAAGAGAUAUACAGAAAUCUAGGGAGUGGCGAAGAGAUGAACAGCGAUAAAGAUCAUGUAUCAAUAGCAGGGAGAAUUGUGGCUCGCCGAGCAUUCGGAAAGCUUGCAUUUUUCACUCUAAGAGAUGACUCAGGGACCAUUCAGCUUUAUUGCGAAAAAGGAAGGCUUGUAAAUGAUCAAUUUGAGCAGCUUAAGACUCUUGUUGAUAUUGGUGAUAUACUCGGUGCAAGUGGCUCAAUUAAGCGGACAGAGAAAGGGGAGCUCUCUGUCUUUGUGGACUCUUUUGCAAUUCUUACGAAGUCUCUACUCCCCCUGCCAGACAAAUAUCACGGUCUAACUCAUGUGGAUAAGCGUUAUCGGCAACGGUACUUAGACAUGAUUUCAAAUCCUGAAGUAGCUGAUGUAUUCCGGAAGAGAGCAAAGAUUGUGUCAGAGUUACGCAGGACAGUCGAAUCUUUUGGCUUUAUUGAAGUUGAAACUCCAGUUCUACAGGGGGCAGCUGGUGGAGCAGAAGCUAGGCCAUUCGUUACAUACCACAAUUCACUAGGAAGGGACCUUUAUUUGAGGAUAGCAACGGAGCUCCAUUUAAAGAGAAUGAUGGUUGGGGGAUUUGAAAAAGUUUAUGAGAUCGGUCGAAUCUUCAGAAAUGAAGGUAUUUCAAAUCGUCAUAAUCCAGAAUUUACCACCAUUGAGAUGUACGAAGCAUAUUCGGACUAUGAAAGCAUGAUGGACAUGGCUGAGGAAAUUGUUACUCGUUGUGCACUUGCAGUUCAUGGGAAGCUUUCCAUCGAUUACCAGGGAGAGGAGAUAAAUCUUGAGCGACCUUGGAGGCGGGAAACCAUGCAUAAUCUUGUAAAAGAAGCCACUGGCAUUGAUUUCAAAGAAUUUGGAAGUGAUCUUGAAGUUGCUAAAGAAGUUACUCUGAGGACCCUUGUGAAUCUUGAAAACCAAGAAAAAUCUUCCAUCCGAGCGUCCCCAUCUGUUGGCCACCUUCUUAAUGAGGUUUUUGAGAUUUUCAUAGAGCCAAAGCUUCUUCAACCCACGUUUGUUUUGGACUAUCCAAUUGAGAUAUCUCCUCUGGCAAAACGACACCGAAGGCAUGCAGGGCUUACCGAGAGAUUUGAACUUUUCAUAUGUGGUCGUGAGUUGGGCAAUGCUUUCUCAGAAUUGACUGAUCCUGUGGAUCAGAGAGGACGCUUGGAAGAGCAAAUAAGGCAGCACAAUGAGAAGAGAACAGCAGCUGUGUCAGAAACAGAGAGCACAGGAGAGAAGAAAAAUAAUAACGAGGAUGAGUCAUAUGAAGUGACGCUUGAUGAUGAUUUUUUAACAGCUUUGGAAUAUGGGAUGCCUCCAGCUUCAGGAAUGGGACUUGGAAUUGAUAGGUUAGUCAUGCUGUUAACAGACUCGGCCAGUAUUCGAGAUGUGAUUGCUUUCCCAGUGCCUAAGAAUCAGGAAUAGUUACAUGACCGAAGGCCCCGUAAAAUAUUUUUAUUGAAAUCUGGAGAGCAGAGGAUAUAUUGGGUCAGGAUUAUAGCUCCUUUCCUUUUUUUUUUUUUUGGGCGUCCCAGGUCCAUUUUCAAUUAGGAGUUGAAUAAUAUAAUCAGUGUUUGGGCACAUUUUGGGCGCUCUCCAACUCUUUGUUGCCCGUCUAUUUAUUCCUUUAGCAUGAUAUUCUUUUGACUCUAUUAGGGCCAAGACCAAAGUAUCAUGAGUUGGUCAAGAUGAUUUUUGGCCUUGGAGAAAGUCUCCAGCACUCAACAGAUGUGAACAAGAUGUGUACUUUUGGUCUAUUGAUCAUGCCAUGAAAGCUCAAACACUUCUCAAAA